AGUGUUAUCGAGAGAGUAUUCGAAGAAGGUCAGGUCUGAUAUCUGAAGGAAAGCGUGUGCAACUCGGUCAGUGAUAGCAUCUGCAACAGUUUGGACGCUGAAGCCGCGAGAGAUUCACCAGAGAAAUGUUUGCGCUCGUUCUCCUCUUCCUGAAUGCCGCGACCCUGACCUUGGGUCUAGACAACGGCCUGGCCUUGACCCCUCCCAUGGGCUGGUUAGACUGGGAGCGAUUCCGGUGUAAUAUUGACUGUGUUAAUGACCCUGACAACUGUAUCGGGGAGUUGUUGUUCAAACAGACAGCUGACAGGAUGGCGUCUGACGGCUGGCUGGAUGCGGGGUACGAGUACAUCGUCGUGGACGACUGCUGGGAGGCUGAGAGUCGCGACAGUGACGGACGUCUCUACGCCGAUCCGACACGUUUCCCUGGUGGGAUGAAGGCGCUGGCAGAUUACGUUCAUUCCAAAGGCUUAAAGUUCGGCGUCCACCAGGACUUUGGUCACGAGACGUGCAGCCAUUACCCAGGCAGCGAGUUCUACCUUCAGACAGACGCUCAGACCUUUGCGGACUGGGGCGUAGACUUUGUGAAGAUGGACGGGUGCAACUCCGACGUCGACGACAUGGACUACGGUUAUCCUGCUUUUGGGAUGUAUUUGAACAAAACGGGCCGACCUAUGAUCUACUCCUGCGAAUGGCCGAAUUAUCAAUCGCUGAAAGGCAAGAUUCCUGACUUCGCAGCGAUCCGCCGUACGUGCAACAUGUGGAGAAACUACAGAGACAUGCAGGACAGCUGGGACAGUCUGCUGCAGACCAUACAGUUCCAGGACCAGGACAAGGGCAACUUCAGCCAGUACGCGGGGCCUGGAGGCUGGAACGACCCGGACAUGCUGAUUCUGGGGAACUUCGGGUUGAGUCCCGACAUGGAGAGGACACAGAUGGCGAUGUGGGGAAUACUGGCGGCACCACUCAUCAUGUCCACGGAUCUCCGGAACAUUCGGAACAGCUCGAAGGCUCUUCUACAAAACAGGAGGCUGAUCACCAUCAACCAGGACAAGCUGGGAGUCCAGGGAAAGAAGAUCAUGACGGUUGGUCCUGUCGACGUGUGGAUACGCCCCCUCCUCCCUACCGGUAGUGUGGGUAUUGUCUUCUUCCACAGUGACGUCCUGACCCAUGGCUUCCAUUACCCCAGGAUUACCACCGUCCAGGCCCGGGCCCUAGGGCUCACAGCGUCCCAGGGCUACAACUUGGUGGACCCCUUCGAUGGCAGCUCUAAAGGCACGGUCAAACCAUCAGACAGCAUCAAAGUCAGAGUGAACCCUACCGGUGUCAUUAUGUAUGUGGCUACACCAGCCUCGUGAAGUUAAAGGAAUCCAUCGAGCGAUGCCCAAAGGCAGGAAGACUUAAAGUAACAUGUGAUGUCACAAUGGAAUUCCCUAUUGGCACACGACACCAGCGUAAUUACAACCACCAAAAUUGAUUGAAUGUAUCUCUCUAAACAAGGACGUGUGAGUAGACCCCCAGGAGGCUUACAAUAUCCCAAUAAUGUAAGCCUCGGUUUGAAAUUAAGCAGCGCUUGAAAUGAGCAUUCGAUAGCUACCUUUAUGGCUUGCUCGAUGUGAGCUCGAUGUUUUUGCUAUGCUACAUCUGCAAUGUCUAAGCAUGUUCAAAAUAGAAGUGUUAGACCCCUGUUAUGGAGUGAAUGAGUGCUGUUUCACGUCGGAACGAUAACAAAUACUAAAGAUAAACCGGUGACUGAUAGUAUGAGCAGCGAUCCACAAUCUCAUUAAAAUCAGAUCUUAGUUUUCGCUACCGCUUAACAAAGACCAAUGAAAUGACUGACAAAAAAUCGACAUUAGCCAGCCAGAAGGCAGCUUUCUCG